AUGCUACUGCGUUUUUUUUUGUGUGCUCUGAUUUUGUUCCUGAGUGUACCCUCUGUGUGUGGGGCGGGUGAGAAGGUUACUCUCUCUUCCGGUUCUUCUCCUCGUGAAUGUCCUCGUACUUCUGCUGCUGAUGGUGCUGCAGAGUGUUCUCUUCCUUCUGGUGAGCUUUCUCAUCCGAAUGAACAGUGUGUUUUGACGGAGGGUAACACUGAAUGUAGUAACACUCCAAAUGAAGUGCAAGUGGAGCAGCUUCAUGCAGAUCGUGAGAAACAUGGUGAUGAAUCGGAUAACAGAGUUUCGGAUCACGAGCCAGGUAGAGGAGAAUCAGAAAUUCAAGUGACUGAAGAAACAGUUACAAGUGAACUCAAUGGCCACCAAACUGGGGAUAUCAAGAGAAUUGGAACACCAACACCACCACCACCGGGUAAUGGUAGCCAUGAUGAUAGUACCAUCGAAGGAACUGAAUUGCCGGCCCAGCCGCAACCAGCCGGUCAACAAAGUAACCUUGGUACUGCACAGUCGCAACAGAACACUAUGGAAGUGCAAAGGCCUACAACUACAGGAGAAGAUGAACCUAAAAGUAAUGAUACCACACCUAAUACAGAAUCCGCUGCCCAAACAACUCCACAACCACAAGAAGAUAAUGGAACACAGUCACCUGUUGCCGAUGCUGCUGGGACUCCUGCAUCCCCUUCACCAGAAGGAACUGCAAAUACUGCGAAUGACACUACAACACAUAAUGAAGAAUCAACUACCACCACCACCACCACAACAACAACACUUCCUCCUGAACUCACAAACAACAAGAAGAGUGAUGCAGACAGCAGCAGCAGUAUCAGCAGUUCGGUGUGGGUGCGUGUGCCACUACUGAUUGUGUUUACACUGGCCUGUAUUCUUGUGUGCUGA